AUGGCGUCGAAAUUCGGAUUAGCGGGUGGCAUCCCGGAGCGCCGUGUCCGACCCAUUUGGGACGCCGUUGACUCUCGCCAGUUCAAGAACGCCCUCAAGCUCUCCACCGCGCUUCUUUCUAAAUACCCCAAAUCUCCUUAUGCGCUCGCGCUGAAGGCUCUGAUUCUGGAAAGGAUGGGCAAGAAUGAGGAAGCGCUAUCUGUUUGUUUAAAUGCCAAAGAGAUUCUUUUGACCAGUGAUUCAAGCGUGUACGGGGAUGAUCUCACACUCAGCACGUUGCAAAUUGUCUUUCAGCGCCUUGAUCACCUGGAUAUGGCGACAAGUUGUUAUGAGCAUGCAUGUAUGAAAUACCCCAACAACUUGGAAUUAAUGAUGGGCCUCUUUAACUGUUAUGUGAGAGAGUAUUCAUUUGUCAAGCAGCAACAGAUAGCUAUUAAAAUGUACAAGAUUGCUGGUGAAGAAAGGUUCUUACUCUGGGCCGCUUGCAGCAUCCAGUUGCAGGUUUGCUGUGGCAAUGGGGGAAAUAAACUUUUCCAGUUAGCUGAAGGUUUGCUCAAGAAACAUAUUGCUUCGCAUGGUUUGCAUGAGCCAGAAGCUCUUAGCGUCUAUAUAUCUCUAUUGGAGCAACAGUGCAAGUAUGGUGAUGCUUUGGAGAUUCUUUCUGGAAAUUUAGGAUCUCUAAUGAUGAUUGAAGUUGACAAACUACGUCUACAGGGAAGGCUUCUUGCUAAGGCUGGAGACUAUGCUGCCGCAGCCGACGUAUUUCAGAAACUCUUAGAACUCUGUCCUGGUGACUGGGAAUGCUUUCUGCAAUAUAUUGGCUGCCUUCUGGAGGACGCCAGCAUCUUUGUCAAAGAGGCAGAUCCCGUGAAUAUACCAAAUUCUAUCCGGUGCACGAAUUUGCAAAUAUCAGAGGAACAUUUUGAUUCUCGAAUGUCAGAUGCAGAGAAUUUCAUACAGAAACUAAUGGUUGAGGAAAUUAAUAAAUCUGAAAGAUGCCUGUAUUUGGCACGCCUUGAAAUUGAAAGACAAAAGAUUCUGUUUGGGAAAGGUGAUGCUGACAAUGUAGUGGAGGACCUAAUGCAAUAUUUUGUCAGAUUUGGCCACUUGGCAUGUUGCACUUCAGAUGUUGAGAUGUUUCUUCAAGCUCUCGAUAAUGAUAAGAAAAGUGAGUUUUUGAAGAAAUUAGUGAAGGAAUAUGAAGCUAGUGUUAGUGCACCAACUAAAGCGCUUGGACAGUCCAUAACUAUAUUCAAAGUCCAGAACAUCAUUGGUGAUAUGUUUGCUCUACAACUUUUCUGGCGUACGCGGGAUCUCGGAUAUUUGUUGGAGUCUAUUAUGAUUCUGGAGUUUGGUCUGACUAUCCGGAGAUAUGUCUGGCAAUAUAAAGUUUCAUUGGUGCAUCUGUAUUCUUAUUGGAAUUCUCUUCCACUAGCUUAUGAACGCUAUAAGUCCUUGGAUGUGAAGAAUAUUUUACUGGAGACGGUAUCACAUCAUAUUUUGCCACAGAUGUUGUCAUCGCUUUUGUGGGCAGAUACAAAUGAUCUUUUGAGGGAGUAUUUAAAGUUCAUGGAUGAUCAUUUCAGAGAAUCGGCUGAUCUUACUUUCCUUGCAUAUCGCCAUAGGAACUAUUCAAAAGCGAUCGAAUUUGUGCAAUUUAAGGAAAGACUGCAGCGCUCAAGUCAGUAUUUGAUGGCGAAAAUUGAAUCACCUGUUUUACAGCUGAAGCAGCACUCUGAUAAAAUUGAUGAAGAGGAGCGUAUCCUGGAGAGUUUGGGAUUUGGAAUUCACUUUGUGGAGCUGUCAAAUGAGAUCAGAAGCAAAUCAUUGACUUUUAAUGAAGACUUGAAGCUGCGACCUUGGUGGACUCCGACUUAUGACAAAAAUUAUCUCCUGGGACCCUUUGAAGGAGUCUCCUAUUGCCCCGCAGAAAACAUGCACAAUCAGAUCAAGCAAACAGAGGCGAAUGUUAUAAAAACCAUAGAAAAGAGGUCUCUGCUUCCUCGGAUGAUCUAUUUGUCAAUGUAUUCUGCUUCAUCGUCAGUGAAGGAAACUAUUGAAGCCAACGGGUCGAGAGUCGAUCCAAAACACUCGUUGGAACUGAAAAUCUUACUUGAGCGCUAUGCUAGUAUCCUGGAAUUUCCUUUCCAGGAUGCUGUAGAAUAUGUUUUUGUGGUUUUAAGUGGCACCACUUCUUUGAAGGCACCAAAUCCUGAUAUCAUUGACUGGAUGAAUUUUGCCGUUUUCUUGAAUGCUUGGAAUCUAAAUUCUCACGAGGCCAAAUCCUCUCAAGACAAAUGUGGCCCAGGCUCUAGCAGUACUUGGAAACUUGUGAAUAACCUGCUGAGCAAAUAUGUUCUCGAGACGAUUAAAUCCGCGGGACCCACAGCUUCUGCUCCGGGUAAUGAUAUCUCGUUUCUUGCUCAGCUGGUGACCGAGCCCUUAGCCUGGCAUGCCCUAAUCAUCCAAUCACGCGUUCGGUCAUUGCUCCCUUCGGGGAAAAAGAAGAAGAAAGGUGGGCCCGUGGAGCAAUCGAAUUCUCAGCUAGUGAACGAGAUACAGAUCUCAAUCGGCUCCUUAUGUGAUACGCUGGAGGUUGUGACAAAAUGGUUGAAAGAACAACUCGACAAACUUGAUACCGAAUUUGAUCCCAUAUUUUCUUCCAUUCAGAGUAAGGAAAGGCAAAGUGGACCCGGGAAAGUGUUCAAUAUGGUCGAGUCUUGCCUGACACGGGUGGACAGUGUCGAAGUUGGUGAUAGGAUUUUCGAGGCUGUACAGUCGUGGAGUCCUGCCGAGGUUGUCCGGAAGAUUACUGCUGGUCAGGGCAGUUUACUUUCCGAGUUCCUCAAAAUAUGCGAAUCGAAGAUUAAGUUUUUGCAGGGGCUUAGGCUUCAGUUGUAG